AUGGAGGCUGCACGAAGAGGAGGAGCAGCAGGCGCAGCAAGUGCAGCGACUACAACCCUCAGCGGAUGCCGCUUACUGGAGGCGUCAAGAGCGGCGGGUGCAGCAGCAGCAGCUGUACAUGAGAGACUUGGACCAGGCGAUGUUUCCCUCUCGACACGAGGCGCAGGAGCAAAGGCAGCAGCAAGAUUCCAGCGCCUCCCAAGCGGAAGCUUGCCAGGACGCGUCGAGGCAGCGCAUGCAGCAGCCCUAGCACAAGCAGCACAGGGUGCAGCAGCAGCAGCGGCGGCUGCAGCAACAGCAGCAACGCCAACAGCUCUGCCAGCCUCAGAUCCAAGGGCAGCAGCGUUGGCAGAAACAGCAGUCGCGGACGGUUUUGCCGUGGCGGCUGAAAGUGGCGAAGCAGCAGCAGCAGCAGCAGCAGCAGCAGCAGCAGCAGCAGCAGCGGCAGCAGCGGUGAACAGUGGGGUUGCGACAGUGCAGCAGAGUUUGCAGUGGGACGGGAUCCUUGGAAUUUCUGAUGAGGCGGUGGCUGCACUGCUGCCAGCUGUUGCCACAAGCAGUGCAGCAGCAGCAACAGCAACAGCAGCAGCAACAGCAGCAACAGCAACAGCAACAGCAACAGCAGCAACAGCAACAGCAACAGCAGCAACAGCAGCAACAGCAACAGCAGCAACAGAAGCUUUUAAUCUUCGUGGUCUUGAGAUGUAUCCUGAGCUGUUGCGUGCUCUGCUGUCUCUCCUACCCGGCGAGACACCAACUCUCGGGGCAGUCAACUUCCUUAUUGCGACAUUCAAUGCCAUCGAUCUGCAGCAGCCUGUUGCACCUGCUGUCGCGACACCGACAGCGGAAGCACAAGCAGUUCCUCUGGUGUAUGCUCUAGAGGCGCUGCCAAUGAGCUGCAGCGAUUUGCAGCGGCUGCGCAACAGCCAGAGUGAUUUGCUACUAAAGGCGCGCGAUAUUGAAAGUCACCUUCAGCGACUCGUCAAUCGCAUGCAGCGGGAGCGCCAACACCAGGCAGCUACCUUGCUUUUGCCAGUAUACGGCGAGGGCGCAGCGUAA